AUGUCUUCUCUUUCCCUCAAACUCCCGAAUGGCCAGCAAUAUGAGCAGCCGCUCGGACUUUUCAUCAACAACGAGUUCGUCGAGGGCCGCGGCGAGAAGUUUGAUGUCCUGGAUCCGGCCUUGGACAAGAAGAUCUUGACAUUAGCCGGCGCAUCUCCUGACGAUGUGAACGAUGCCGUGAAAGCUGCUCGAGAAGCCUUUGAGACUGGGCCGUGGGCGGACUUCACAGGCAAAGACCGAUCGAACAUUCUUUGGAAACUCGCAAGAAUCUUGAAGCGUGAGGAGAAACUCCUCGCUGCGAUUGAUGCCUAUGACCUUGGGAAGCCAUUCGAAGCGACUCUUGCAGGCGACCUAGACGAGACUGUCAACGUGUUCGAAUACUACGCCGGCUGGGCGGACAAGAUCGAUGGCAAGACGAUCGAUACUUCACCGGACAAGUUGGCGUACACUGUUCAAGAGCCACUCGGUGUGUGUGCACAAAUUAUUCCCUGGAACUUCCCAAUCAUGAUGCUAGCAUGGAAAGUAGCGCCAGCACUCGCAUGCGGAAACGUCGUCGUCUUGAAACCAGCCGAACAGACACCUUUGUCCGCGAUGUACUUCUGCACCUUGAUCAAGGAAGCCGGAUUCCCACCAGGCGUCGUGAACAUCAUCCCAGGUCUCGGAAACAUCACCGGAAAAGCACUCGCUGAGCACAUGGAUGUCGACAAAAUCGCUUUCACAGGUUCCACAGCCACCGGGAAAUCCAUCAUGCGAUCUGCCGCCGCCAACUUGAAAAACAUUACGCUCGAGUGCGGUGGAAAGUCGCCCUUGAUUGUGUUCGAGGACGCUGAGCUGAAGAACGCAGUGCAGUGGGCGCACGGUGGUAUCAUGGACAAUUCGGGCCAGGUCUGCACAUCGACGUCACGAAUCUAUGUGCACGAGAAAGUCUACGACGAUUUCCUCAAGACGUUUGUGGAGUUCACCGAGAUGAACUCAACGGUCGGAGCGCCAUUUGACGAAGGAGCGACUCACGGCCCGCAGGUAUCAAAAGCUCAAUAUGACAAAGUCCUGCAGUAUCUGGAGAAGGGCAAGUCAGAAGGCGCCAAGGUACUCACCGGAGGAGCGAAGGUCGACAGAGAUGGGUACUUCGUGCAGCCAACAGUCUUCGUCGACGCAAAAGAAGGUUCCCAAAUCAUCAAAGAAGAAAUCUUCGGCCCCGUCGUAACCAUCAGCAAAUUCUCCUCCGACGCCGAAGCCAUCGCAAUGGCCAACGACACCGAGUACGGUCUAGCCGCAGCGCUCUUCACCGAGAAGAUCUCGCGAGCACACAAGGUCGCGCGGAAGCUGAAGGCGGGUAUGGUGUGGAUCAACUCCAGUGGAGACUCGCACUACGGCAUUCCGUUCGGAGGCGCAAAGUCGUCGGGUAUCGGACGGGAGCUGGGAUCGUAUGCUCUGGACGCUUAUACGCAGACGAAGGCGAUUCAUGUUAAUCUUGCUGUUUGA